UUCAAACAUGGAGGAGCGGGAGAGGGGGGCGAGGUCGGCUCGCGCCGGGAGCCCCGCGCGCUCGCCCAGCCCGCGGCUAGAUGUCAGCUCUGACAGCUUCGACCCGCUGCUGGCCCUGUACGCGCCCCGCCUGCCGCCUAUCCCUUACCCCAACGCCCCCUGCUUCAACAACCUGGCCGAGUACGAGAGCUUCCUCAGGACCGGGUACCGGGGCGGCGGGCGUGGACGGGCGCGGGGCGCGGCCGCAGGCUCCGGGGGCUCCACUGGCCUCCCCACGGCUCUCACCGCCGCCGGGCCCUCGGGCAGGACCCGCCGCCGCCUGGACGCUCCCGCCCCGGACCCCGAGCGCAUCCAGCGCCUCCGCCGCCUCAUGGUAGCCAAGGAGGAAGGGGAUGGGACCGCCGGGGCGCGCCGGCGGGGUCGGGGUCGCAGCAGGAAGGCGCCACGCAACGUGCUCACCCGAAUGCCCUUGCACGAGGGUAGCCCUUUGGGUGAACUCCAUCGUUGUAUCCGGGAAGGGGUGAAGGUGAAUGUUCACAUCCGCACUUUCAAGGGACUUCGGGGCGUCUGUACAGGCUUCCUCGUUGCAUUUGACAAAUUCUGGAAUAUGGCACUUACUGAUGUGGAUGAGACCUACCGAAAACCUGUUCUGGGCAAAGCGUACGAACGGGAGUCUUCAUUAACCCUCACUCGGCUAUUUGAUCGGCUAAAACUUCAAGAUUCCUCCAAGAAGGAAGCAGAUUCUAGAUCUGCAGUUGAAGAUUCCACUCUGUCCAGACACUCCCAGACAUCCACUUGGAAGGUGGCUACAGUGUGGGGAAGAGGAGACACUGACCGGGGGUCACACAAGCACUCCCGCUCUGUCCCUUCUUCCCUUCAGGCCUCUGGAAGGGAGGAAUCCAGGUCAGAGCUAUCAGGAAGGACUACACGGACAGAAGGGUCUAGUGCUGGAGGUACCUUUUCCAGAGCUACCACCCUUUCCAGGGGCCAACCUCGUAAGAAAAACCGAAAGCCCAAAGUUGAUUACCAGCAGGUAUUUACUCGACAUAUAAACCAGAUUUUCAUUCGAGGUGAGAAUGUUCUGCUGGUUCAUCUUGCACAGUGACCACCUCAGCCUCACUUGAGCUGUGGUUUUAGAAAUAAAAUGCAUGAAUAGCUGCUAAGCUUUAUCCUAAUAUCCCAAUGAACCUGAGUUGGAAUGAUUCCUUCUGGUCCUGCAUGUGCAGAGGACAGAGUCAGGCCUGGGCCCUCUGGGAGAUGAGCUCCCUCAAGGAGAGGGGAGGCCUUUGAAGGGUGGGUGUUUGCAUUAACAUAAAGGCAAAAGUGAUAUAUAGAUACCUGCAUCUGACUUGGUAUCAUGGUCUACUUCAGACACUUAAACCAAACCAAACAGAAGAUAUUCCAUUUGAAUUAGUGGUCAUAGUGUGAAUUAAGUUCACUCCUCAGAAACUAUAGCAAUUAAAAAAAAAAAAAACCUUUCUCAAAAAGAAUGAUCAUCUCAUUCCUAAAAGCUAGCACCCUGAGUACGCUCCGAUUUGAUUCUAAGAGUAGGAAUGUGAACUGGUCUGGAGCCUUGCACCCACAUCUUGUAACUGACCCUUGAAUUUUGCUCUGCAUCAUUCUCUCUUGAUCAAGGAAUAAAUUUUUUCCUCCUUAUUUUGAAAAGGAAUACAGGGCUGCGUCAGCCUUGCCCUUACCAGAUGCAGCCUCUACAAAGUCAUACCAGGUGGAACUGUAAGAUGCUUGUGUAGUGGCUUCUUGUCCUUAGUUCUAACUUCUGUGCACAGUGCUAUUGCAUGACUCUGUGGUGUUGCCCUCUGUAUGCAUUGUGAGCUUUCCUGUGAGCUUUCUGGCAAGAGACUGUGAUCUUUGUGUCUGGCUUCAAAAAGUUCUGCAUGAAUUCAGUACUACACAUACAUCACAUAGCUAAAAGUCCCCUCUCCAGGUGGGGCUGGCCCUAUGUGUAAUAUUCUUCAGAAUUGUUAAACCAUGAAACAGGGGUGAUAGUUUUAUUCCCUGUGUCAGGCCAAAGAGGUUCUUACAAAGUACAGUGGGUUGUGUCUCCAAGAGACACUUUACCCAUAGCAUGGCUUGAGUAACAGGAAGACCAUAGAACCCACUAUUGCUUCUGCUUGAAUCAUACUAUACUCUUUUUCAAUCACCAGUGCAGAUUAGGCUACAUCUUGACCCAGAGACUGUUAGGAAAUUUAUAUUUUUGUUUUGUUAGUUUAUAUUUGGUUUUAUUUUAGAUGAAUUAUUUCCAAAGUGAGAAUGAGAAACAGCUAACUAGUUAAAAUGUAUGAAAAGAAAAGGUUCCCCUGCUGUUUGUUGUGUGACUUAAUAAGCCUUCUGAGAAGCAGGUGAGCAUGUAGGGGGCUAGAAUGCCUGGUCCUUCUGCUGGCUAGGCCACUCGCUGGUUCAUCAUGUGAUAAAAGGUGAGCAGACUUAGCCUCUCUGUUCCUCAGUUUUCUCCAUCAGACACCUACCUCACAGGGGUAUUGAGAUAAUAAUUCAGAAAGGCAUUUUAAAGUCUCUAAACACGUUUAAGUGCCAAGAAUCAUUUUUCUAACUCUUUCAUAGCUUCAUAAGAAUUCUGUGUCUUAUGAGCAAGGCAGGUGCUACAUAGGAAAGUAAUCUCCAUAGGUAUCAUUAGGGAUAAUUAUGAUCUUGUUACUAUAACCAGAAGGCAAUGAUAUCUUUGGGAACUCUUUUCCAUACUCCAUUCCUUCCUCCUCAGUGGUAGUGGAAGUUCUCAAAAGAAUAUCUUUCACUAAGAAGAGAGUAACAUUCUUUGCUGCUCCCCCAUGUCCCAGUUCCACCCUUUUCUGAUACUUAUCAGGAAGAAUUCCCUGGGCUUUCCUAGGGGUUUAUAUGAUAGUACCAAAGGGAGAGUGAACAUCUAAAAAUGAUAAAUCCCCAAAGGGGAAUUUGUGGACAUUUUUAAAAUCUUGUUUCUUUGUUUUUAUGUUUAAAUGCAUUUUAAAAUAUACUCUUGAAUCAGAUCAGAUGAACUAGCAGUUUAUAGAGGUUCAGGUUACAAACUCAAGUGAACAAUUAUCUUUGGAAUAUGCCAACCUAAAUUCUCUUCUAAAUAGUGUGUCUGAAGUCUCAGUUCCCAAAUUAGUAGUUGUCUUGUUUAAUGAUCAGGCAGCCUUGCCUGUACCUCUACCGGCCUCCUCUGUUUGGCCAUCCUCAUCUGUUUGCCCUCCCGUUUCAGCUAGAAGCUUUAAUGAAUAUUGUGUUUUACUGAUAAAGUAGAAGUUUGGAAUCAAAAGAAGUAUAAUCAGUUUCCACUCAUUCCAGUUCCUAAUUAAAUCUAACCCAAUUUAUUUUAAACACAUGCCUGUUUUCAUGUUGGCAUCUAAUUUUUGUAUAUCCAUAUAAGGAUAAACUGGCUACGUUUCUGCCCAACUUAACAAUUCUGACUAUGAAAAUUCUUUUUUAAAUGUUGUAUGAACUGACUUAUGUGUCCAUAUGCCUCAUUUUUUUUGUUUGGUUCAGUCAGUGAUUGUGGAAUGAAUGCUGCCUAAUAAAUGUACUAUUUUGUACAAACCAUGAUAAUUAUUUUUUAGAGAUUCAAAUUUUUAAAAAUUUUUGCCUUUCUUAUUGGAGGAGUUUUUCAAAAGGAAGAAAAAAUAGAUUUUAAGGUAUAUGCUGAUCAAAAAAUGUGAUAUCUAGGAUUUUACAAUAAGUUGCUAUGGAAAUAACUGAAGUCUUCCUCAGGAGAAGCAAAAAAUGGGUGAAGUAACAGCCAGAAUAGCCAAGUCCUGGAAGCCUCCACCAGCUUACCUGAGGGGGGAUCCUAAGCAGCUGAAAUCUAGCAAAACUGGUUUCAGAAUUCUCCAGGGUAGAAAUUGUACUUUUUUUGUGUACCUCCAACUUUGGAUCCUCAAAGUAAUCUCUAGAUAUGGGAGAAUGUUUCCAUAUCAAUUCAUAGGACAUCUUUUAACUUGUUGAGGUCUCAGGAAUGUCCAGCUUUGUUAGAUGAUAAAAAGUAUUUAAAAAUGGAACAUAAGAUUUCACACCCUGAAGAAUUUCAUAUGCUGUUCUUUGUACAUAAAGGUGAUUCUACUGCUCUACCAUUGGGAGAACUUCUCCUUUAGGUUGUCUACUAGUAUUUGGGAAGCUUUAUGUUUUCUUUCAGGGACCAUCUUAUGACCAGAAGUGGGCUAUUUGUGAAAUGGGUAGCCAGAAUUGGCAGUGUCUAACACGUCAAGUUAGAAAACCUGGAAACCAUUAGCAUUAAAAUCUAGGUGCGUAGAUAUCCUUGCUGUGAAGUGUUAGUGGAUCAGAAAGGACUCCAUCUAUCCUCAUGGCAAAAUAGUCCAGGAACAUGUAUAUAGAUUGUCGGAUCACAAGCUAUGAGCCACCCUUAAACCUUCUAGAAGCCUUACAGAAAUCUGGGUGUACCACUUUUACCCUUUGAUGCAGAAUGGAUGUUUGUAUUUCUGUUUGCACUAUUUCCAUAGUAGCUGACAUGGGCAAGAUCAUGAAAUCAUGUUCUAUAAAUUGCUUUUUUAAAUUUUAUCUAAAAUUUGCCUUUUGGUAAAAUAUAAAUUAUUCAAAGACAGAUAGCUAUUACUGGUGUUCCCCCAAAGCUUUCCAAUCUUUAAUGUAUUUUUUAUUAAUGAAAUGGUUGCUGUGGGAAGGUCAAGGUUCAUGUGAGAGUAUUAUGUACAAAUACAAUGAUUUUGCGAUUGUUUUAUUUUUCUUUUCCUGUGCCAGAUAUAAAAUGCAGUUGACCCCUUUCCAGUAACUUAUGUUCAUUGGCCUGUGUUUUUCUGGGCAGUUUGUCAGAAGGCUUUUCUUGGUGGUUGUAAAGCAAGAAAAUUUUAUCUGGGCCUGUGUAAUGAAGGUGGGUGGUCUGUCAUUACUUUCUGGUAAAUUGAGUUGAUGGAUUUAAGAUAAGUCUUUGUGGUUCCUGCCUCAGUUUCCUGGGCUCUGAAGAAGAGUUGGGCCUCCUUUCCUCUCAGUGUUUUGAAUAUUUCUCAAAUGUUUGUAAGUUCUCUUGCACUCCUCUAAUAACAAUGAAAGCUUUCUGUCAAGAAAUGGUUUGGGAUGAUUCUGAAUAUCUAAGGGAAGAAAAAUAAGUACACCUGAGACCUUCAGUUGGUCUUUAUUUAGAAUAAAAAGUAGUUUGAGAAGCUACCAGAGUUAGUGCUUCUUUAAAAAUACUCUCUCUGAAAAGAUGGGAACUGUCCCUCAGGAAAGCUAUAAAAAGCUAUCCCCAGUACAUUGCAGUUGCUUUUGAUUUUUAGUCCUUUGGAACAAAUACCUGAUGUCUGAUGUCAUUUUUUUUACAGCUGUGAAAAAAAUAUCUGAAACAUUUUAAGGAGUAUUAUUUAAACUAUGAUUAUCUGCCUGACUUAUGUGUGAGGUAGGUUCUAGGCAACUAUCUAUUCCUUUUUCUGUUUCCCUGGCAGUAAAGAGAGUAAGCCAUGUCUUAAAAAGUGAUUUGCUUAUUCCAUACUGGCAUCUGAAGACAUUAGCCUUCUCUUUGGCAACCCUUAGAAUAACCCUUUGCACCAUGACUUAAGGUUUGUGUUUUUGUUUUGUUUUGUUUUGUUUUAGAAAGGGCUGAACCUGGAUUACUAUGUAUUUAUAGUUUCACUAUUCAGAUACCAGCUGCCAAAAGACAAACCAUGACUUGUAAUCUUGUCUUUAAAUUACUUCUAAUUGUUAAGUUCACUUAAACCCUUCCUGUUUAGGAAGGAUUGCUGCUAGUAAUAUCAGUUUGCAAAGUUCUGCUUUAGAAGUGUGUCAUAUGGGAGUCUGAAAACUAUAUUAAAU